CCCUCCAUCCCAUCUGCCGUGGAACAGCUACAGUGCAGCUUUGAACUGAGGGAGGGAUUCGUUUCUGCUCUACAGCCUCGCAUCAAUUGGCAAGGGCUCUUCGACAAUGGCCACUUCGCGCUGCGUCUGCGGCUCUGCGAGAUUCUUCCUCUCCCGACCCGUCGCCUCACGAAUCUCCUGCGAAGCUUCCCGGCCGAGCUUGGUCCCGAACGUGUCCGCGAUAUCGUCCUCGUCCUCUUCUCCGUCCUCAUCCUUCCAAUUCCGACCCGUCCAGCGGCAAUUGAGGUUGUAUGCUGGUGCGUCUCGGCCCUAUAGAGGUGGCAACAGGGGCCCGACAAGCGCUUCUUCCGAAAACGCAGACGACGACAAGGACCGCGGCUACGACCGUCGCUUCACCACCCAGAAAGACAUUGAGCGAUCGGGUCGAGACCGUCCGCCAUGGGACCACGAAAUCACCGAUCCGCAGAUCAUGGUGAUUGACAACGGCAGCGCCGAGGGCCCGCUCUCCACGCGCUACGUCCUGACGAAGCUGGAGGAGGGCGAGUCGCUGCGCAUGAUUACGCCGUACGUGCCCGCCAACGCGGAGAACAAGACGCCUGCGAAGUACGCCGUCUGCAAGAUUGUCAACAAGCGCGACGAGUACGAGCGUCUGAAGCAGCUCAAGGAGAAGAAGAAGACCGCCGUGGCGGCAAAGGCCAAGACUAAGGAGAUGGAGCUGACAUGGGCGAUUGGCGGGCACGACUUGGCGACGAAGUUGAGGCAGAUGGGCGGGUUCUUGAACAAGGGCAUGAAGGUGGAGAUGAUGAUUGGCAAGAAGAAGGGCGGGAGGGCGGUGGAGAUGGAUGAGGCGAAAGAUGUGCUGAAGAAGGUCAAGGAGGAGAUUGAGGCGCAGGGGGCGAGGGAGACGAAGAAGCCGGAGGGACAGGUUGGGGGAACGAUGCGGUUGUAUUUGGAGGGGGUGAAGAGGUGAAGAAGACGUGGAUUUACAGAGCAUUGUAUGGAUAGAUGAAGAGGUUUGGUGGCAUUUGGUGUUAUUUUUCUUGGGGGGGUAUCCUCUGUAUAAUAGAAGUAUAUAUAGGUAUGUACAUGUAUGUAUGUAUGAGUGUGUCCAAGUGUAGAGCCCAUAUAUAUAGCCUUGAGCGUUGACAGCAGAAUCUAUCCCAGGCUAUAUUCCCAACAACACACAAAAAAA